CAAUUUUCUGCCUCCAAACGAAUGUAACAUAUAGUACGAUUGUCUAGUCUCAUUCAUUUGGAGAAGCACUCAUGUCACAGUUAUACGCUUGUAAAGACCAGCUUUGCGAAGACUAUCAGGAUCUUCACAGUCUUGGUGAAAUAAUUAAACACCUUCGUACGAAGCAUAAGCUAUCAUUCAUACGACGACCGCAGAGCCUGGGGAUAUCGGACAGUCACGGACACGUUUGGUAUUGCUUCCAUUACGAAACCAAACGGGGCAAAGAUCAUAGAAGCUUUCAAUCUGAUAAAGCUAUAUGGGAUCACCUCAACGAUCGCCAUGACUACCAGCUCGAUAAGAUCAAGCUUGAGGAAUGAGCACCAAACCAAUUGGAAUACGAUAUCUUGGGUAGGGCUAGCGGACGAGCGUGAUAGGAGAUUCGGCGAGUGUUUUUGGCCAUAAAGGGUAGAGUUGGGAUGGCUGGUGGCCUGACACUCAGGGAAAGGGCGAGGGGCAUAAUGAGGCCACACCUACCGAUGCGCGGGCCAAAUAGUUGUUGUAUAGGGCAAAUCAUUUUUCAAUCUCGACAGGAAUGCUUGUACGUUACUACUAGCCCUACGCUGUGUCCAUUAAAAGGGUACCUUACCACUACUUGGAAUCGUAAGUGAGGUCUUGCAAGAGCUGAAUGAUCUUUGCCAAUAUGAGUAGUAAUGUCUUGUCUGUAACGCCGUAUUGGUCUCGUCGCAAGAAUUCCGG